AUGUUCUCAUCAGAAGCUCCUCUUUUACAGCAAGAUUCAGAAUUUCUUGACAUUCAGGUAGUUGAUAUGCAGUUUUAUGGUCAUGAAAUAGCUAAUUACGAGAAGGAGCUGAAAAUUGCAGGUGUGAUGUUUGAGGUAAAUGAAGCAUGCAGAUUUAAAGGAAAUCAGCUCAUGUCUAUUGCAGCAUCUUCUAAUUUAACAGGAGAUAGUGUACUUUCAAUAUUGAAAUUCAUCAAGUUCUUGAGGGCUAAAUUGAUAUCACCUGCAGAAUUCAUUAAGAGUAUCAAAGGCGGGCAAUGGCUGAGGACUAGCCAAGGUGACAGAUCCCCUGGUGAAUCAGUUUUAUAUAACAAGGAGUGGAAACCUGCUUCUGAAGUUAGUAACAUUCCAUUUAUUGAUGAAUUCUAUUAUGGAACCAACCUCAAUUGUUAUAAAAAAGAACUGGAGCUAAUUGGUGUGAAAGUGAAAUUUAAUGGUAACUACCAACUAGUUGGUGAUAACUUGAAUUCUUCAGCAUGCUCAAGCUCUCUUACACCUGGGGCUCUCUGUUUAAUCCUGGAAUGCCUUCGGCAGUCCAAGUCAACAGACAAAUUUGUUUAUGCUCUAAAGGAUAAGGAAUGCAUCAAAACACAUGCUGGGUUCAAAACUCCAUCUGAAUGCUAUCUGCUUGACUCUGAGCGGGGAUGCCUUUUGCAGGUCUUUAGCUGCUUCCCGCUCAUCGAUGAAAAUUUCUAUGGAAGCAAAAUACUUUCGUUCAAAGAUGAACUAGAGCAAAUUGGAGUGGUGGUUGACUUUGGUGAGCUGAGUACCUCAAAUGCAUUUCCUGCAAAUCUAAAGGAGUGUAUACGUGAGGUGAAAUGGUUGUGUACUCGACUUGGUGAUUACAGAGCUCCAGCUGAUUGCAUUCUUUUUGGCCAAUGUUGGAAGUCUAUCUCAUCAAUAUCUUCGCUUCCUUUUGUUGAUGACAGUGAUAAUCAGUACGGUAUGACCAUCCAUGAAAAUGAUGAGGAGCUCAGGAGUAUCGGUGUUGUUUCUUCUUUUAAUGAUGGAGCACAUUUUGUUGUGAACGGCCUAAAUUUUCCACAGGAUCUCAGCCGAAUAACUCCUGAAAAUGUGUACUCAUUGCUGGACUGUGUCCGUAAUUAUAGGCCAAAGAUUGGCAAUGUGGUGGUCCAUGAGCGUUUUCCAUCAACAUUUUUCGAGAAAGUGAGUACACAGUGGCUAAAAUCCUAUACAGGCUACAGGACUCCAAACAAGUGCAUGCUCUUCAGUCCUAAGUGGGCCGCUUAUUUAGAAAGAAGUGAUGGACCUUUCCUUGAUGAAGACUUCUAUGGUUCCACAAUCACUGAAUACACAAGUGAGCUUCGUUCUCUGGGUGUUAUUGUCGAAAUUGAUAAUGGUUGUUCAUUGCUUGCAAAUUACCUUGAUUUGCAUUCUAAUUUCACCGCUGUGAGUCGAAUUUAUAACUUUCUAAUUGAACUUAAGUGGAAGCCUAAUGACGAGGACAACAAAAAUAUUUGGAUUCCAAGUGGUAGUGAAAAUGGUCACUGGGUAAGCUCUGAAGAUUGUGUUAUUCAGGACAAAAAUGGUCUACUGGGAUCGCGAUUGCAUGUUCUUGAGAGGCACUAUGAAAGUAAGUUGCUUGAUUUUUUCUCAAUUACUUACGGAGUUAAACUAAAUCCAUACAUUGAUAACUACUGUGAGAUUUGGAAGACAUGGGAAGCUUCUGACCACCAGCUAACACAUAAUGAGUCUUGUGCAUUUUGGGGGUUUGUCACAAAGAAUUGGAGCUCCAGGACGGCAGAAAUAUUGACUCAACAGCUGUUGAAACUGCCUGUAUAUUCAGGCUCGAAUGCAAUUAUUCUCGUCAAUAAACAGGACCAAAAACUUUCUGCGGUGGACACAAUUAGCCUGAGGCAGCUGAACCCAAAGGAAUUAUUUAUUGGAAAAGGGUUGUUGAGACUUAUUCUUGGCUUUCUAGCUGACAUUUGGCCCAAUAUGGAAGCAGAUAUCAGGCACAAUGUUGUCAGAGGCCUUCUUGAUGUUACGGUACUAGAGGCAAGGAAGAAAAUAACAAUGUGCCACACUUUGUCACUGUCAUCUGGUAAGAUCCUCACUGUUAAAGCAAAGCAAAUGCUGAGAUGGGAGAGACAGAUUUCAAAGCUUUUCGUGCAGAAAUUGGACAAGCAUGGUGGACAUAAAAACUUUAUGGAGUAUGUGUCUCAAUUUUCUGAAGUAGUGGCUGGGGGGUUGUUAUGGGAGGACGAAGUUCACAUGCAUCAGCUGGCUGACCUGAUCAGGAUGGGUUUCCUCGUUGAAUUCAAUGAAGAGGCCGUAAUGUAUCUGAUGAAGACAAAAAAUCUGCAGGUGUUUUUGGAGGACGAAGAGUUACUUUCUUCUACCUUCCCAGAUGAUUAG